CUCUUUUUCGACCGGUUCCUGUCCUUCUGGGUUUCAACCACCUCCAGAGAGUGCACACAAAUUCUCACGCACGCUUGUACAUUCACCUUAGGGCAGUAGCCCCGGUGGUAAUGAAUGAUAGGGGGUGGGUUAAAGAGAGGGUUUAACUGCCUCUUACUCUCCCUGCUCCCUGCUCAGACCUCACCUUAGCAACCCCCCUGGAGCCUGCAUUUUUAACCACCAUGAAGAUCGUGAUCCUAAUCCUCGCGUCAAUGCUCUUUGCAGGAUCCCAUCCUUUUGUUAUCAGAGAAGCUCCGGAGCCAGAUUCCAAGCUGGACGUAGUACUUGACGGAUGGCAGCUAUACCGGCGAGAUGUCCAGCAUUUGACAGACAAAAUACUGUUCGUGGUCUCAAGAUCGAACACUAGCGUCGCUUUUUUAGAUACGACAUUCAGAAUCACCCGCUACUUGAAUACCCUUCACGAGGAGAUACCCCCAGAGAUCAAAGAAUUACUUGAUGUGAUGGUUGGAGUACCAUUAAGUAUUAUGGACAAAGCAGUGACAGCUUUCUAUGACCUCAGGCGCAAGCAAGACAUGGCCGAGCCACUGAAAUCUGUCGUGUCAUAUUAUUCUGAUCCAAUCCUAGAGAGAGUGGGUCCAUGGUUAGAGUCCCUCCAACGUACCCUCAGGGCCCGGAUUCAAGAACUAGAACACAGGUUGGACAAGAUGAAGCCACAGUUCGAAACCCUGGAUACUCAGCUGUCCUUUUACCUCCAGAAGCUGGAAGACACUCAUGCGUCCCUCGAACCGGUCGCCAACGAAGUGCGGACACGCUUCAGGCAAAUGGUGGAGGCUCUCCACAAGAACCUGAAGCCUUACAUGAUGCCCAUUCUGGAGGAGAGCCGAAAAUAUGCAAGGGAGUUUAAGGAGUGGGUUCGCACCCCUGUAUUUCCCCCAAAUCCAUGAUUCCCCCCCCAAAAAAAAGUAACCAAGGAAUGGUGCAUCAUUGAUCUCUAUAGAAAAUCUGUGUGAAAAGUUCAUUAACAUAAUCUAGAUGGUGGGGAUUUGUAACCCUUCCUCCAGUGGAUGUAAUAAAAACCUCUCUUUUA